AUGCGCCUCCGACUCGUCGUGCGCCGGAACGGCAUCCCCGAAGUGAAGCUUCUUUGGACAGUCGACCCUGGCGCGGGCCUGACUAUCGCGAGGCUUGUCGCCGCCGUGAAUGAAGUUGUCCCUCUAGAGAGCGGCGAUUGGGGGCUCGAGGAUUAUGCUGUCGAGUACAGGGAUAUGCAGGGCGGUGGAUUCGAGUGUUUGCACUUUCAACCCGUUUGCGAAGUUUUGAAGGAGGACGACGAACUGCUAAUCCGACCACUAUUCGAGGACGAUCUACGACGGCGAAAAUUGAGUGGGCGGCACCAGAUCUCGAUCGAUGGUAAGCAUUUGGUCGACGGUCUGGCGUUUGGAAGACCCUGGCUCCGCACCCCGAUGAACAGGCCUGCGAUCUCGCUCCCACCGAGAAAAACUGCCAUGAUCGAAGCUGCGCCCGAAGACUACGAUAGCGAUUACGAUGACGACGAAGUAGAUCCAGACUAUGUGGAUGGCGACGAUAAUGAUAACUGGGCGGAUGAAGCGAACACGGACGAGGAGACUGGGAGCGAGCGCGGAGAUGUUCCUCUCCUCGAGGCCCCGCCCAUAUUCGACUCCGACUCCGAAGGCGACCUUGAGGAUGGCGGCAGGGUAGGCCAGGUUCCCGAGUCAGACGGAUCGAGUGGUACUGGUAGCUCUGAUACAAGCUCAGACGACUCAUCAUCGGACGAGGAGGAUGGCGGAGUCAGUAGGCACCAGGGCACAAUGGGCGCCCCCGUAGUACCAUCUGAAAUCAACCACCAGCUGGCUUCAUCAAAACAUUCGUCCGAGGUGGAUCCAGGCGCGGGCUCGAGCUCUGAUUCCGACUCCGACUCCGACUCCGAUAGUUCCUCCAGCUCCGCGAGUGAGGCCGACCCGGCGGAUACUUCCUCUGAUUCCGACGAUUCAAGCGAUUCCAGCUCAGAUUCAGAUUCGGAUGAUUCUAGCUCGGAUGAUUCAAGCGAUGGUUCGGUCUCAGAAGAGGGCGUGGGACCGCGAGAGAACAAUGGUGCUCAAGUCGCCAAACCCCAAGCGAACCCUUCUGGAGCUGACAAAACGAAGAACGGAAUUAUGCAAACCUCAAGCGCCGCCGAUGCGAAUCCGGAUGCUGGCCCGCGCACCCGUUCGCAGAAACGCAAUGCAAGACGUAGGCUAGCCAAACAAAAGCGUCUGGAGCAACCUGAAGAACUAAACCUCCCAACGGGCCCAAGCGCAGCGAGCGCUACGAAUGCUGUCGCGGCCCCUACCGAUACGGUGGACGAGCUUACAAGGAGAAAGCAAGCACUCUUGGCCUCUGUCGGCGCCGGGGAUAGCUCUCCCGCGCCGACGCCCGCCGAAUCACGUAAACGAAAGGCCAGUGAAAUUGAGGAGACUCGAGCUGCAGGCGACAAAGCUGAAGGAACCCCUGCGGGUCCCGAGACCAACGACGCCUCCGAGUCAGCGGCCUCUUCUACACGCAAGCGCCGGAUCGACCUCGGGGCUGGACGACGCCUAUUAUUCGGCGCGCUGGGCCUGCGCAAUCCGAAGAGCAAAGAGGAGGAGAACCAGCUUAGGCAAGCACUCGCCGUGGACCCCAGGCCUGGCGAGGAGGAGGACGAAGAUUCCGACGCUUGGCGGAAGAAAAUUGUUCUUCGCGGUGUCGAGUGCUGCCGCGAGGACGUGAAGCUCUCGGAGCCCCCGUUUCCAUUUGUGCAGAGGUGGGACCCGCAGCAGCAGGUAGACCAGUGGUGGGGUAAGAAGAAUAAGAGAGGCGGCAAGGGGAAAAAGAAGCAGCGGAACCAAGCUCACUACUACGAAGAGCAAAACGACUACGAUCAAAGCUACGAAGGUGUGGACGACACGCAAGUUUCGUACACGGCUGGCAUGUACGAUGACCAGGAGGACCAGGAAAACCUGCAGGAGGACGCUAACAUGGCAGAGGCCCAUCCUGCUGAUGGAGAAAACGUGGAAGAGGAAGAACCUGAGAGCCAGGACGACUUGGUGUCUUUACCCGAUGAUGUCGCCAAUCUCCCGCCUCUGCUAGCUGGCGCCGCGGCGCCCGGCAUGGUGAUUACGUGGAAGAGGUGGCUGCUUUCCAAGGCCACUCAGUGGCAACCCCAAGUCAGUGACGUCACGGCCGUGGUCAUUUCGGUGGAAAACGGAGAUACGCUCCACGUUCUCCUGGCAAAGCGCGACCGAGCGCUCGACAAACCGGAGAAGACGUACGACCCUGAUACCGGCAAGCGCAUCUAUGAACCGUUUGAAUGCCCAGACGAUGUGGACAGCGAUGACAACGAGGGGGACCAGGGCGCUGAUGAUGGGGCCCUGACUGUCAAGUUUGGGGAGAUGAUGGAGCCGCGGGUCGUGCAAGAGCCGCCUGAGUCGGAGUCGCAAAUGCAGCUUCCGGACUCGUUGCCAAGUGAAAAGGGCAGCACUGGCGGGGAGGCAAUCGGCGACGCCACGGAACUCAUGUCCCUAGACCUGCAGGUACCCCUCUCGGACCCGUUUAGCACCGGGGACGGCAACAACGAGAUGACGGAGCUUCCACCUAGCAGCCAGCCAAAUGCGUCGCUCUUGAAGGUACCGGAGCACUCGCAGAACACGACAUCGCUCGAUGUGACAUAUGGACUCGAGGUGGCGGGCAGCGUGGCGAGCGGGUGCGGGCAGCCUGACCCCAACUUUGUUGGGGUAGAAUCGUACGAUUCGCAGGACGAUGCGAUCCCAGACUCGGCACCGGGUCUUGAGGCGGCGGCAGUAGAGGAGCAAGUAUCCAAGAAGCCGCCGCACAAGAAGAACAGCCAGGCAGAACAAACCGCAAAAGCUGGCGAGAAUGAAGCCGAGGAUGAAGACGAAUUCCCGUCUCUAUUUCGGCUCGUGUCAUCAAGUCUCCCCGUCGAAUGGGGCCAACGGUGCGGCCCAGAAGGUGCGGGAGGUCUCGAGCUCAGCAGACGCCGCAGGUAUCCCAACCAACCAGGAGGCGAUUCGGCCGCCGGGGACUACGGAGAGCUUCUUCGAUAA